CAAAACAUAAAGUGGCAAAGUAGCAAUAACAGGGAAAGAACAAGGUCAAAAAACCACAUGAAUAAACCCAGUUGGCUUGGCUUAUUCAAUGCUCCCGCAUGUAACAAUUAAAAGUUCGUUGGGGUAGUUGUAUCGACUAUCCUCCCCCUCCUCCUCUCACCCUUUAAAACCCUGCCAUCUUUCAUUAUUUUGCAACCCAUUGGAUCUUCUUCUUCUCCUUUUGUACUCUCAUUCACAUUCUUAUAGGCUAAUUAACAUACACUCUCUUCCAAAGUUGAGUACUUUGCCAAAAAAAAAAAAAAGUUUUCCCUUUGAGAAAGAAAACCCAAAGACAGUCUUUUGAUCAUUUUGAGCAGUUGCAUUCCUUGUUUUCUUCCAUUUUGGGUCCCCUCAAAAGUAGUUUCAAAAGGGUUCCUCUUCCUCCACAGAUAUCAUGGCAGAUCAUACCCCGGGUUCAGGAACCGUUUCUGUUGAAGCUUCUUCACAAGAAAGAAGGAAACUUCCAAACUUUCUCCUAUCCGUGAGACUUAAGUAUGUGAAGCUUGGUUACCACUACUUGAUCUCCAAUGCUAUGUACCUUUUACUCAUACCCCUUCUUGGUGUAGCUUCUGCUCAUCUUUCAACAAUCUCUUACCAAGAUGUUGUCCAACUAUGGGAAAAUCUCAAGUUCAAUCUUGUCUCAGUGACUCUAUGUUCUAGCCUUAUAGUGUUCCUUGUCACCUUUUACUUCAUGAGCCGUCCAAGGGGUGUUUACUUGGUGGAUUUUGCGUGCUACAAGCCAGAGCCAGAUUGCACUUGCACAAGGGAGAUUUUCAUGCACAGGUCUGUGGAAACUGGUGUGUUUUCGGAGGAGAACUUGGCCUUUCAGAAGAAGAUACUUGAGAGGUCUGGUUUGGGACAAAAGACUUACUUGCCCCCAGCAAUCUUGAGUAUCCCUCCAAACCCUUGUAUGGCUGAAGCAAGGAAAGAAGCUGAGCAAGUGAUGUUUGGAGCCAUUGACCAGCUUCUGGAGAAAACUGGUGUGAAGGCUAAGGAUAUUGGGAUUUUGGUGGUGAAUUGCAGCUUGUUCAAUCCCACACCUUCUCUCUCUGCAAUGAUUGUGAACCACUACAAGCUGAGAGGGAAUAUCCAAAGUUAUAAUCUUGGUGGCAUGGGUUGCAGUGCUGGACUUAUCUCUAUAGACCUUGCCAAACAGCUCCUCCAGGUUCAUCCAAACUCUUAUGCCUUAGUGGUGAGCAUGGAGAACAUCACUCUCAACUGGUAUUUUGGCAACAACAGGUCAAUGCUUGUCUCAAAUUGUCUCUUCAGAAUGGGUGGAGCUGCAGUUCUACUCUCCAACAAGUCUUCUGAUCGCAGAAGAGCCAAAUACCAACUGAUCCAUACAGUGCGUACUCACAAGGGUGCAGAUGACAGAUCAUAUGGUUGUGUCUUCCAAGAAGAAGAUGAGAAGAAAACAAUUGGUGUGGCACUCUCAAAGGACUUGAUGGCUGUUGCAGGAGAAGCCCUCAAGACCAAUAUCACAACACUUGGCCCAUUAGUCCUUCCCAUGUCAGAACAGCUCUUGUUUUUUGCAACUUUGGUGGCUAGAAAAGUGUUCAAGAUGAAAAUAAAGCCAUACAUACCAGACUUCAAGCUAGCUUUUGAGCACUUUUGCAUCCAUGCUGGAGGAAGAGCAGUGUUGGAUGAGUUGGAGAAGAAUCUUGAGCUCUCUGAUUGGCACAUGGAGCCUUCAAGAAUGACACUGAACAGGUUUGGCAACACUUCUAGCAGUUCCUUGUGGUAUGAAUUGGCCUACACUGAAGCUAAAGGGAGGAUCAGAAAGGGUGACAGGACUUGGCAGAUUGCAUUUGGUUCAGGGUUCAAGUGCAACAGUGCUGUGUGGCGUGCAUUGAGGACCAUUAAUCCAGCAAAGGAGAAAAAUCCUUGGAUGGAUGAGAUUCACGAGUUUCCUGUUCAUGUGCCUAAAGUGGCAACCAUUAGUUCCUAAGUUAAACAACCUCUUGCAUUUUUUUGGGAGGAGGAAAUUAAUUUACUUGAGGUUUUCAUUGUUAAUCUUAGGAGGUGUGCAAAAUUUAGAAGAGAAGAUUACUCCCAGCUGAUUUGAUCUUGUGCUAGUGUGUUCAAGUCGUAAGAGUGUGCAUACAAUUAUUGUCCAAUGAAAUUUAUUACACGAUUUUUCAUAAAAAUGUAUUACGUUUACUACUUGACCUUUCAAAGGUUCAUGAAAUUUGAUUUUUUAAGUUGCUCAUCAAGCUUAGGGGCUGUAUUGGAGAAAGAAAAAUGUAUUGAUAGUUGUUAAUUAAGGUUUGACUAAAAUUAUUUCGUACA